UGCUUGGAUCACAGCUUCCACACAAAUCACCCUUACCACUGUCAAAAUGGAGCUUUCUACUUUUGCUGCCCUUUUGCUUGCUACCGUAGCCGUGAUAACCCUCUUCCGCCACCUUACCCGUCCCAAACUCAACCUGCCACCAGGCCCCAAACCGUGGCCUAUAAUUGGAAACUUGAACCUCCUUACAGGGCCGCUCCCACACAGAAACAUGCACGCCCUUGUCCAGAAGUACGGGCCAAUUAUGCAGCUCAAGUUUGGUUCAUUUCCAGUUGUUGUGGGCUCUUCUGUAGAAAUGGCCGAAGCGGUUCUCAAAACCAAUGAUGUCAAACUGGCUGAUCGUCCCAAAAUUGCUGCGGGAAAAUACACCACGUAUAACUACUCAAACAUUACGUGGUCACAAUACGGACCGUAUUGGCGACAAGCACGUAAGAUUUGCCUCAUGGAAAUUUUUAGUCCCAAACGUCUAGACCAAUUUGAGACUGUCCGCGUACAAGAGUUGCAUGCUCUCCUAAGAAAGCUAUUCGUGUCAGCUGGCAAGCCCAUCAAUGCAAGAGAUGAAUUUUCAGAUUUGAGUCUCAGUGUGAUUAGUCGCCUGGUGUUGGGAAAGAACUACACAGUUAAAACUGGGAACCAAAAGCAGUACAUGUCGCCAAAGGAGUUCAAGGAAAUGAUUGAUGAGCUUUUCUUGCUUAAUGGGGUGUUAGAUAUCGGAGACUCAAUUCCGUGGCUCGCCUUCUUGGAUUUGCAAGGCUAUAUUAAGAGAAUGAAGGCCGUUGGCCAGUUGUUUGAUGGGUUUCUUGAGUAUACAUUGAAUGAGCAUCAGCAGAGGAGAAAAGGAGUCAAGGACUAUGUGCCUCAGGACAUGAUGGAUAUCCUGUUGCAGCUUUCUGAUGAUCCUAAUCUUGAAGUCCAGCUCGACAGGACUGCAGUCAAGGCAUUUACAAUGGAUUUGAUCGCAGGUGGGACUGAGAGUUCUGCGGUGACAACAGAAUGGGCCAUGGCCGAGCUCUUGAAAAAGCCGGAGUAUUUCAAGAGGGCAAACGAAGAGCUAGAUCGAGUGAUUGGAAGAGAUAGGUGGAUUGAAGAGAAAGACAUUGUUAACUUGCCAUUUAUCAACGCAAUUUGCAAGGAGACCAUGCGUUUGCAUCCCGUGUCACCCUUCCUAGUGCCGAGACUUGCUCGGGAAGACAUCCAACUUGGUGGCUAUGACAUUCCCAAAGGCACCCGAGUCAUGGUAAAUGUAUGGACCAUUGGAAGGGAUGCAAGCAUAUGGGAGAAGCCACACGAAUUUUGCCCAGAGAGGUUCAUUGGCAAGUCGAUUGAUGUCAAGGGUCACAAUUUCGAGCUGUUGCCAUUUGGAGCUGGGAGGAGGAUGUGUGUUGGGUACAGUCUAGGACUCAAGGUGAUUCAAGCAAGUGUGGCAAAUCUUCUGCACGGGUUUAAAUGGAAGUUGCCUGGUGAUAUGAAAACGGAGGAGUUGAACAUGCAGGAGAUUUUUGGCCUUUCCACUCCUAAGCAAAUCGCUCUUGUUGCGGAACUUGAACCCAGACUUCCAGCUCACAUGUACUCUAUGUGAUGAUGAUUAUCCUACGGACCGCAUUUGUAGGAAGUAUGUUUUUGAUAUUGUGUUUGUUGGGUGUUUUAUUAAUUAGUGGUUUUCUAUUAAAAAAAAUGAUGUCGUUUUUUAUAUAUCUUUCAAUGCCUUUCGCAUUGAAAAUAAAAAAAUAUAUAAAAAAAGACAUUUAUCUUCAAAACGUUUUGAAAAAAGCACCCACAAAUGCAUUGUUAAAACCACACUAAAGUAAUAUAUUUGGAGCUCUGUAAUGCUUGUAUUAUGACGAAGUCAUUGUGUCCACAACUUCGUUGGAAAUUUACUUUUAAGGUGUUGUUUUUGUAAUUCAAAUAAAAGCAUGUUACUUAUUAUCGA